AAACAACUGCGUUGUUGUUUAUGGAUCCUACUUUAAUUGAAUUUCCUAAAGGCUUCAUGGAUGAUAACGGAAAUGAGGUUAAUGGUGAAAACAAGCCGAACGGUAGCCAGACACCAUAUUAUAACGUUAAAUCACAAGGACACACCUACGUUGGGGACGGUACAACAGUCAAUAUUAGUAAAGAUAAAAGAAAAACCACAAAUGUGGUAAAUGUAUAUAAUGUGAACAUCGUGCAGCCGAAUACUGAUGACAAAGAAGGGUUACCUGCGGAUUGCACGGUUCGACAGUUAACCGGAGUUUCCGAAGAAGAGAAAAAGCCCAAUGACGUUAAGUAA